GGGUGUUGAUACCCUUGCAGAAGGGCUGGCUGGUGUUUGGAGUUGCUGUUUGGUUCUGUGCAAAGGAGUCGUGCUGCCCACAGGAUGCAGCAAAGGCUUUUUGCUGGAGGUGGAGGGCUGGCCCAGGGCACGGACCUUUGGAGGUGUGGUGUGGCUGAGUGCAUGGAAAGCAAGAGCAGGCAAAGAUAUGCCAAUAUUUGGUCUUUGCCCGGCUCAUGAUGAUUUCUAUUUGGUGAUGUGUAACCACUGUAAUCAGGUCGUAAAACCACAGGCAUUUCAAUCACAUUAUGAAAGAAGACACAGCUCCUCCAGCAAGCCGCCUUUGACUCCUCCCUCCUCUUCAGUAUUUUCCCUCAUUUCGUCUUUCCCUUCAAAAAACAAAGGUAGCGGCGGAAGUGGGAGCAAUCGUUCAUCCAGUGGAGGUACUAGUGCAUCAUCAUCAUCAUCAUCAAGUUCCAAGUUGUUGAAAUCACCCAAAGACAAGCUGCAGAUCAGCGGAAACAACAGGUUAAUGCAUCCGGUACAGCAUAGCAAAGUUCCCCAUGAUAAAAUUAUGACUCCAUCUGUCAAAGUGGAAAAGAUUCAUCCAAAGAUAGAUGGUGCCCAACUGAAAGCUGCUGUUGGUCCAACUUGUUCUACUACUGUGAGUUCCUCAAUAAAGACUGGCCUUAAUUGUCCCUCAAUACCAAAGCCACCCUUGCCUUCCCCUGGACAGAUACUGAAUGGUAAAGGUCUUCUCUCUGUGCCUCCAUUUUUGGAAAAGAAACCUGAAGAUACAAAUAAUAGGAAAUUUUUACAUAAAAGAUUGUCAGAGAGAGAAUUUGAUCCUGAUAUAUACUGUGGUGUCAUUGAUGUGGAAACCAAGAAACCCUGUACUAGGUCUUUGACAUGCAAGACACAUUCCUUAACGCAGCGGAGGGCUGUACAGGGUCGAAGAAAACGAUUUGAUGUGUUGUUAGCUGAGCACAAAAGCAAAACCAGGGAAAAGGAACUUCUUCGACAUUCGGAUCAUCAUCAGCAGAUGCCCCCUCUCAGGGAACCACAUCCCUCACCUACUAAAACUUCCCAGGAGCUGCACCAAAAUUCUCAUGGAGUUACUCUUACAGAAUCAAAGCCUUUAUUACCUAAUAAACCCAAACCUCACCCCCCCAGUCUUCCAAGGCCUCCAGGCUGUCCAGCCCAGCACAGUGGAAAUGCCCCUAGCGAUUCUCCUUCAGUCCACGAGUCCCCUCACCCUCCCUUGCCUGCAGCUGAGCCAGCAUCUCGGUUAUCCAGUGAUGAGGGAGAAUGUGAUGAAAAAGAAGAGCCUGUUGAAAAACUGGAUUGUCAUUAUUCAGGUCAUCAUCCUCAACCAGCCGCUUUUUGCACAUUUGGUAGUCGGCAGAUUGGAAGAGGUUAUUACGUGUUUGAUAAGCGGUGGAACCACAUUCGAUGUGCACUUAACUUCAUGGUGGAGAAGCAUCUUAACUCGCAGAUGUGGAAGAAAAUUCCACCAGCAUCCAGUAGCACAGCAGCAGUUCGUGCACCGCACCGGACAAAUGCGAUACCUGCUUCGCAGUAUGGGGUCAGCACGACGGGUUUCCUCCUCCCCACCACUGUUAUGUCCUCUCCAGCUCUGGUGUCUCCUUCCUGUACGUCUCUGAACAAUAAAUCGGUACCAUCACAUGGAACUACACUAAAUGCAAAUCCCGCUACCUUGGGUGCAGUGGAUCCUGUCUGCAGUAUGCAAUCAAGACAAGUGUCUUCGUCUCCUUCAACACCUACAGUGCUUUCCUCUGUACCUUCACCUAUGCCCAGCAAACCUCAGAAGUUGAAAUCCAGCAAAUCUUUUAAACCUAAGGAAUCUUCUGCUGGCAGUGGCACCUGUAACAGCACCGGCAGCGUCAGCAGCGGCGGUGGCUCAGGAAAGAAGCGUAAAAACAGUUCCGCACUGCUAGCACCUUCUCAUUCCACAGAGUCCUUUAGAAAAAACUGUGUGGUUAACUCUGGAAACUCUGGGACCUCCUAUCAUCCGUCGGUGACAUCUUCGUCCCACAGCGUUGGCCUCAAUUGUAUGACUAGCAAAGCUAACUCCGUUAGCCUCAAACAUGACCAAUCAGGGAGGGGUCCUCCUACUGGAAGCCCUGCAGAAUCAAUAAAAAGAAUGAGUGUGAUGAUGAACAGCAGCGAUUCCACUCUCUCCUUAGGGCCAUUUGUUCAUCAGUCCAGUGAGCUGACUGUGAACUCGCACAGCGGUUUUUCACAUUCGCAUCCUUCCCUAGACAAACUAAUAGGGAAGAAAAGAAAGUGCCCACCUGGUUCAAGCAGCAUAAACAGCAGCAGCAGCAGCAAGUCAAACAAAGUUGCCAAAUUGCCAUCGGUGAAUAACGUUCACGCAAAACACACUGGUGCAAUCCCAGGGACACAAGGACUGAUGAACAAUUCUCUUCUUCAUCAGCCAAAGGCACGUCCCUGAUAGCUGAAUAUACCAUGGUGAGAAAAGAACUGGACAGUUUUCACUACAAGCAAAACCUCCAUCUGGAAUUCUGGACUCCAAGAUGCCUUGAGUUUUCCCAGCUUCCCAUGGUCCUCAGGUGUGGAAAUCUACUGGACUGUCAUUCAAACAAGGAAUUUCCCUGAAGCCAUGUCUGUAGCAGUGAAAGUACUAGAAAUGGACACUGGAUGAAGUUCAGCCACAUAAUUGCUCUUAUCAGUGUUAACGGUGGUCUGGACUAGUUUGCUACAAAUCUGUGAGAUUUACUUACAGGAGUACAUCAUCUUGCCACUAUUUGACAUAGAUUGGCUGGGCAAAGGAAUGUUUUCUGGGGGGGAAAUAAACAUUACUGUGGACUUAU